AGUUAAAGAAAAACAUAUACUUCUUGCUUUAGUCUGUGGUUUAUUCAUUCUGUUACUCAUUCUUCGUAUGACUAAACAGGAUGUAAAAGAGGAGGAUAUUAUUUUAUUGCACGUUAUAUUUGUCAAUGGUCAGAAAACUCCCGAAGUUUCUAUGUAUUAUCCAAAUGAUCCUUACGUUAAUCAUUUAUUUUAUCCAUACGGAAGAGGUGAGCUAACUAAUGUUGGAAAAGUAAAAAUAUUUCGUGCAGCACAAGAAAUAAGACAAACAUAUAACAAAUUCUUAGGUGAAAUUUACUCACCAUCUCUAAUUGAAGCAAGAAGUGGUAAUUCAAAUAGAGAGAAAAUGUCAAUGCAAGUAUUUUUAGCAGGAAUAUUUCCUCCAAAGCCAUCUCAAAGGAUUCUGCCUGAUGUAAACUGGCAACCAAUACCAUAUAUCUCUGAAGAGAUUUCAAACGACCAAGUGCUUGGUGCUUUGAAAUAUAAAAAAUAUAUACAUCACUUAAACAAAAUUAUUCAGAAACAAAAUUAUUCCAAUUUAUUAGAAACUUUUGAAUAUAUUUCCCAAAAUAGUGGUUCGAAUGUUGAUAAUAUUCAUGCUGCAGUUGAAGUACUGUCGAUAUUGGAUACCGAGAAACAAUUGGAUUUAGACCUAUCAAAAUGGACUGACAAACUACUUCCUAAAUACCAUGAAAUUGUGUCGAGUUUCUAUAAAUUACUGGUUUUGGAUGAUUCUUUAAGGGCUAUAGCUCCAGGCCAGUUACUGAAGAAUAUUAUUGAUACAACUCAAAUAAAAAUUAAGAAAAACAAUAAUUUGAAAAUUAAUGUGUAUUCUGGUAAUGAAUUUAAUUUAGCAACAGUUCAAAUUGUUCUGGACAUUUAUAAGGAUAAAGUUCCUUCUUAUGGAUCUUAUUUAGUUUUAGAAAUAAUUAAAGAAAAGGACAACCAUUUUAUAAAGAUAUUGUUUCAAGAUUAUAGUACAGGAAAACUAAAGACGUUGAAGCUUCCGUGGUGUGAUAUACUUUGUCCUUUUAAUAAGUUUGUGCAAUUUAUAAAUAAAACGAUGUAAUAUAGAAUGUCUAGCUAAGCUAUGUAUUUUUAAAGAAAUUAAGUAAGAUUGUUAAUAAAUAAAAUAAAUAAUAAAAUCAUAUUUAACCUAUUUAAACUGAUUGAAAAAAAAAAUAGCAUAGUAAC